UGGCACAUCCUUCAACAAUGAAACAAGCUCCUAUUCUGCCUUCUUCAGGUCUCGUUAACACCCAAAUCCCAUUUUCUUCUUGUUUUAAACCCCGACUAAACACCGAUUUCAUCCUCUCUUUCAAACCCCUAACUUCCUCUCCACUUCCAUACAAAAGCCCCAUUUUGAAUCGGAUUCAAACCAUGGCGCAGGGUAACAUAAAAUCAAACAGAUGGUCACUCCAAGGAAUGACAGCCCUGGUAACUGGCGGCACACGUGGAAUUGGACGUGCCAUAGUGGAGGAAUUGGCUGGACUUGGAGCAACGGUGCACACAUGUUCUCGUAAUGAAAAUGAGCUUGACAAGUGUUUGCUGGAAUGGAAAAGUUUGGGCUUUGAAGUUUCUGGUUCUAUCUGCGAUGUGUCCUUAAAAGCACAAAGAGAGAGCUUAAUGGAAAAGGUUUCAUCAUUGUUUGAUUCCAAGCUCAAUAUCCUUGUUAACAAUGUUGGGACAAACAUAAGGAAACCAAUGGUAGAUUUCACAGCUGAAGAAGUUUCAAUUCUUUUGACAACCAAUUUUGAAUCUGUUUUCAACUUGUGCCAACUUGCAUAUCCACUUCUCAGAGCAUCAGGAUUAGGAAGUGUUGUAUUCACCUCUUCGGUGUCUGGAUUUGUUUCACUCAAGUCCAUGUCACUACAAGGAGCAACUAAAGGAGCUAUCAACCAACUUACAAAGAACUUGGCAUGCGAGUGGGCGAAGGAUAACAUAAGGAGUAAUGCUGUUGCGCCUUGGUACAUCAGAACUUCCUUGGUGGAACAAGUACUUAGCAGCAAAGAAUUUUUAGAGGAGGUGUACUCUCGUACCCCUCUUCGACGACUUGGAGACCCGACAGAGGUUUCAUCCUUGGUAGCAUUCCUUUGCAUGCCUGCAUCAUCUUACAUAACUGGUCAGAUUAUCUGUGUUGAUGGUGGCAUGUCUGUAAAUGGUUUCGACCCAAAAAAUUACUAGAAAACUGCUAGUUAGUCAACCCGCAGAGAUCCUUUCAUA